CGAGAGCCGCGCCCCUGAGAGCGACGGGCCGCCCACCCCGCCCCGCCGCCACGGCCAGCCCCGCGCCCAGGCCGGGUUGAGCCAGGGGCUCGGGUCGGCUGGGGGCCGUCGCUGGCUCCCGCGCUGUCCGCUGCCCCCCUUGGCCCCGCCGCGGGAGCCUCAGACCUGGGCACCACCGCCGAGGUCCAGGCACGCGAAGAAGCCCCGCCCUUCCGCGGUGGAUCUGCGGGGACACAUCUCACUUUCAUCAACACUGCUGAAAGAAGAAGAAACAAUGCCAGUGUUAUCCCCUGAAAUCAAAUUUGAUACUUCUAAUGUCACCAGAAAUUCCCUUGACUGUUUUCUGUUUGAGAGUAGUUGGAGGAAAGCAGUUUUGGAAACACAAAAAAUGAAGAAAGCAUUUGGUCUAGAAGAGCUCAAAGAAUGUGUCAAAAUGCCAUAUUUACCAGGACUGCAAAGGUGCCAAAAAAGUGUAAGUUCAAGUCCACUGGAAGUUCAUCCAAGACUGCUGCAUACUGAUACCGAGAUGCCUCCAGUCAGCCCUUCUGGUGACAACCUGUCGAGUUGCCUGCAAGUAUUUUAUUCUCCUCUGCAUAUUGCACAGUGUCCUGUGAGGGAACAGCCGUGGCAAAGCAGGAAAGUAACUCAUUUUUCUUUGUCUUGUGUACAACCCCUUAACACCUUGUUUCCCUCCAUAUGAAUAUUUGUGAACAUUUGUUUUUAAAAUGUGGAUAAAAGUUUGUGUUUUCAAAUUUCUUUAAUUAUAAUCAUACAUUUUCAGUGACUUUCAAGGCACAUUCUGGUAAUAUAACUGAUAGCGGUAAUCCUAGAGGUAAAGGGCAUCUAAAAGUUCUGGCUGACUUCUAAAGUUUAAUAUAGUUACAGGAAGUUUGCAGUUCACAUGGAUUAUCUCCCCCACAGCAGAUUCAAUCAUGACACACUUCCUCUAAUAACCCACUUGUUAUGCAGGUCUGUUCCAGUAGGAACAAAAGUUAAUUAAGAUAAAAUUCAGAUUUUAUGGUGAUUAAUAGGUAAAAUGUGCACAAAUAAGUGAUAGUUGAUGUUUGGCAUAUCUAGAUACUCUCUUAAUCUAAUCUUGACUACCUUCCUCUUAGCAUUCCCUGAAUCAUGAUUAGAUAAAGUUUAGAUAAAAAUAAGAUAAAUAGGGGAGCCUGGCUGGCUCAGUUGGUUAAGCAUCCGACCCUUAGUUUCAGCUCAGUUCAUGAUCUCAUAGCUUUGUGGGUUCAAGCCCCGCCUGGGGAUCCACACUGAGUGUGGAGUCUGCUUGGGAUCCUCUCUCUCCCUCUCUGCCCCUCCCCAACUUGCGCUGUCUCUAUUUCUCUCAAAAUAAACAAAUAAUUAAUAAACUUAAAAAAAUAAGAUAAAUACGGGAAAAGUCAGAUAUAACACUUACCUACUGGUAAAAUUUAUUAACAAAAACGGACGGAUUGAGUUGGUUUGUAUCUGCUUCUGAUUGGAUUAGUUACAGUAGAAUGAAUUCGCCUUCUUUAAUGUUUAUUCAUUUUCCAUGUGAUGUCUUUCACCAAGUGAGACAACUUCUUAUCUCUUACUAUGUAUUUUAAAUUAGUGUACUCUGGGACGUCUGGGUGGCUCAGUCGGUUAGUGUAAGGGUCCAACUUUGACUGAAGUCAUGAGUUCAAGCCCCACAUCUGAUUGUUUGUUGUCAGCACAGGACCUGCUUCCUAUCCUCUGUCUCCCUCCCUCUCUCCCCCUCCCUGUUUGUGCAUGCUCGCUCUCUCUCUCUCUCUCUCAAAAAUAAGUAAACAUUAAAAUUUUUUUAAAAAAUUAGUGUACUGUGGAUUUAUAUAAACUUAUUUUAUGAAAAU